AUGCUGUUAAUACCACCGCCUAGUGUCCAACAGCCGUGUUUUCCCAUUCAUUCCAUUAUCCAUCGCUUUGAUAUCACAGCAGGCAACAGUAACGGUGUAGUCUUACAACGUAUUGGUCAACCACCUUUUAUAUCUACAUCCUCUUCUUCUUCUUCUUCAUUAUCAUUAUCAACAUUAUCAUCAUCUGUAUGGCCUUCUAUGAAGGAAUGGAAUAGUAAUGAGUUAGAGUUGGUACUCUUCCCAUGUAAAUAUGGAGAUCCCAUGAAACCCAUUGGAUGGCCGUUACUUUCUUUACAUGAGUGUUCAGUGUUUGUAAAUGAUGUUUACAUCACCACAGCACUUCCACGAUGUCCAACGCGGAGUGUCAGUCACCGCACUCUCUCUGGUUUAUUACUCACACCGUAUUUAAAACACAUCAGGGAUGGAAUAAGUGGAAUGAGUAGAAUAGAUCCAAAUGCGGGAUUAAAUCUUCGGAUUACAAGUCAUGCAACUUGGACAGCCACUUUCUUAUUAGCAUGGUGUAAAGUAAUUGAUAUUCCUUUUCUUAUUGAGCAAAGAAUUUCAAGUUUACUCUCUCAAGAUGUGAAUAUGAAAGAUGUAAAGAAGGAAGAUACAUCAUCAUUAUCAUUAUUGUUAGAAAAGGAUAAUGAUAGGAAUAAUAUGAGCAGUACGAGUAGUAGUCCUAGUCGUGCUGGAAGUAUAGAUGGUAGUGAAUCGGAUAUAGAUGUGGAUAGUGGAUGGGUAGAUGAGGGAAAUGUGAAUACGUGUGAGGAUCCUUCUUCUUAUUCUCAUUCUAUUACUACUGCAGAUAAUAAACAGAAGGAACCUGCCAACAAUGAUAAUAACAAUAAUAACAAUAAUAAUACAUCCUCAUUAGGAGGAACCGUAUUAGAGGAUGAUAAUGCCUUGGAUGAUACGGAGGCUAUUGUUACGCUUCGUUGUCCUCUCAGUUAUCAACGUAUUCGAAUAGCGGGAAAAGGAAAAGACUGCGCCCACUUGGCUUGUUUUGAUAUUCCCACUUAUUUGGAAUCUGCACUUCGCAGUAGUGCGUGGAACUGUCCAAUAUGUGAUCUACCUGUUUAUAUAAAUGAUAUUCAGGUAGAUCACACACUACAGUCUGCACUAGAUACUAUAAGUAAAGCCAAGAAGAAUGAUGAGAAUAAUAAUAAUGAUGAUAAUAAUAAUGAUAGUGAUGAGGAAGAGGAAGAUGAUAAAGUUGUGCUCUUUGGACCAGGAAAUCGUGAAUGGCGGCGUGUACAAAAGAAAUGCAAAUACACUUCAAGAGGUGAAACGGAGAUGAAUAGUUAUGGGAACUCGAAUGUGGAUGAGAAAAAGAAACAACAACAACCACAAGUGAAAAAGGAAGUCGUUGAUGUGGAUAUAAGUGAUGAUGAUGAUGACAAUGUUGAUAAUAAUAAUAAAAAUAAUAAUAAUGAUGAGAGGGAAGUUGUUGCAUGCCCUACAAUCAUGAAUGGUCGAAAACGUGGUCGAUCUGAGAACGUCUAA